UUUCCCAAUAUUUGCAAUUUCCUUCUCUUCUAUACUUCUGAAAUUUUUCGUCAAAUGUCUCAUUCCGUCUGCAUUGCACCCAACCCACUGUUGCUGAAUCAUCGGCCACCACCGUCUACAUUUCCGUUCAUCCCUCACCGGCAACUCCCGCUCCCAAAUUUACAGUUAUCGUCCCAUAAAUCGAGGAGUUUUGAAGCUCAUAAUGCAUUCGAUCUCAAAGGUACCCAAGGAAUGGGUGAUCAGCUCUAUCAACAUGAAGUUGAACUCAAAGUCAGGGACUAUGAAUUGGAUCAGUUUGGUGUUGUAAACAAUGCUACUUAUGCAAGUUAUUGUCAACAUUGUCGUCAUGAGUUUCUUGAAAAGAUUGGUGUAAGUGUUGAUGAAGUAUGUCGCAAUGGUGAUGCAUUAGCAACAACAGAGCUUUCACUUAAGUAUCUAGCACCUCUAAGGAGUGGAGACAGAUUCGUGGUGAAGGUGCGAAUAUCCCGCUCUACAGCAGCUCGAUUGUUUUUCGAGCAUUUCAUCUUCAAGCUUCCAGAUCAAGAGCCUAUAUUGGAGGCAAGAGGAAUAGCAGUGUGGCUUAAUAGAAGUUACCGUCCUAUCCGAAUUCCGUCAGAGUUCAGUUCAAAAUUUGUUCAGUUCCUUCACCAGAAGAGUUGCGGUACACAACACCGUCUCUAGACCCUACUUGUGGAAUUAGUGCUUGAAAUAUCUAACUACAUUUUAUCUUCAAUAAAUUGAAAUGUGCACUUUUAAUUUCUUUACUUGUGA